GGCUGGGCUUGCAGCGGAGCGCUGGCCGCAGGAGGGGAGCAAAGCUGUUGAGCCCGCGAGGAGUGAGGCUGAGCCCGGCCCUGCGCGCUCCCAGAGGGCCACCUCCUGAGACGGAGUUCCUCCUCAGCUGCUUCUGGCUCCGGGCUCCUCCUGCCCAGUGCAAUGCAUCCUUGAGUGGCGGCGUCUGGACCCCGGGCAGCCCCAGGCAACCGAAACCAAGAAAGAAGACUGGGGCCAAGACACGCGGUGGGGGCUUGGAAGCCUGGUUCCCUCUGAGCACAUCUCUGGAGCGAGGGUGGCUUUGGGGUGGGGAGUUGUGCUGCAGGGAAUCCAGCCAGGCCCCAAGAUGGACACUUCUGGGCACUUCCAUGACUCGGGGGUGGGGGACCUGGAUGAAGACCCCAAGUGUCCCUGUCCAUCCUCCGGGGACGAGCAGCAGCAGCAGCAGCCAGCCGCGGCCCCCCAGCAGUCCCCGGGACCCCUGGUGUCGCCUCAGCCUGCGCAGCUCCAGCAGCAGCCGCCACCACCACCGCAUCCCUUGUCUCUGCUUGCCCAACUCCAGAGCCAGCCCGUCCAGCCCGGCCUGCUGCACUCCUCUCCCACGACGCUCAGGGGCCCCCCUUCGGCCAACUCCACUGCCGUCCUCCACCCUUCCUCCAGGCAGGGCAGCCAGCUCAAUCUCAAUGACCACUUGCUUGGCCACUCUCCAAGCUCCACAGCCACAAGUGGGCCUGGUGGAGGCAGCCGGCACCGGCAGGCCAGCCCCCUGGUGCACCGUCGGGACAGCAACCCCUUCACGGAGAUCGCCAUGAGCUCCUGCAAGUACAGUGGUGGGGUCAUGAAGCCUCUGAGCCGGCUCAGUGCCUCCCGGAGGAACCUCAUUGAGGCCGAGCCCGAAGGCCAAGCCCUCCAGCUCGUCAGCCCUAGCAACCCCCCAGAGAUCAUCAUCUCCUCCCGGGAGGACAACCAUGCCCACCAGACCCUGCUCCACCACCCCAACGCCACCCACAACCACCAGCACGCCGGCACCACCGCCAGCAGCACCACCUUCCCCAAAGCCAACAAGCGGAAAAACCAAAACAUUGGUUAUAAGCUGGGGCACAGGAGGGCCCUGUUUGAAAAGAGGAAGCGGCUCAGUGACUAUGCUCUGAUUUUUGGGAUGUUUGGAAUUGUUGUUAUGGUGAUAGAGACCGAGCUCUCUUGGGGUUUGUACUCAAAGGAUUCCAUGUUUUCCUUGGCCCUGAAAUGCCUUAUCAGUCUGUCUACCAUCAUCCUUCUGGGUUUGAUCAUCGCCUACCAUACACGGGAAGUCCAGCUCUUUGUGAUCGACAACGGCGCAGACGACUGGCGUAUUGCCAUGACCUACGAGCGCAUCCUUCACAUCAGCCUGGAGAUGCUGGUGUGUGCCAUCCACCCUAUCCCCGGUGAGUACAAGUUCUUCUGGACAGCCCGCCUGGCCUUCUCCUACACUCCGUCUCGGGCAGAGGCCGACGUGGACAUCAUCCUGUCUAUCCCCAUGUUCCUGCGCCUGUACCUGAUUGCCCGCGUCAUGCUGCUGCACAGCAAGCUAUUCACUGACGCCUCGUCCCGAAGCAUCGGGGCACUCAACAAGAUCAACUUCAACACCCGCUUCGUCAUGAAGACCCUCAUGACCAUCUGCCCUGGCACCGUGCUGCUUGUGUUCAGCAUCUCGCUGUGGAUCAUCGCUGCCUGGACGGUCCGUGUCUGUGAAAGGUACCACGACCAGCAGGACGUCACCAGCAACUUCCUGGGUGCCAUGUGGCUCAUCUCCAUCACAUUCCUGUCCAUUGGUUAUGGGGACAUGGUGCCCCACACGUACUGCGGGAAGGGCGUCUGUCUGCUCACGGGCAUCAUGGGUGCAGGCUGCACUGCCCUCGUGGUGGCAGUGGUGGCCCGGAAGCUGGAACUCACCAAAGCAGAGAAGCACGUUCACAACUUCAUGAUGGACACUCAGCUCACCAAACGGAUCAAGAAUGCAGCGGCCAAUGUCCUGCGGGAAACAUGGCUCAUCUACAAACACACAAAGCUGCUAAAGAAGAUUGACCAUGCCAAGGUUAGGAAGCACCAGAGAAAGUUCCUCCAGGCCAUUCACCAACUGAGGAGCGUCAAGAUGGAGCAGAGGAAGCUGAGUGAUCAAGCCAACACCCUGGUGGACCUUUCCAAGAUGCAGAAUGUCAUGUAUGACCUGAUCUCAGAGCUCAACGACCGGAGUGAAGACCUGGAGAAACAGAUCGGCAGCCUGGAGUCCAAGCUGGAGCACCUGGCGGCCGGCUUCAGUUCCUUGCCACUCCUCAUUGCCGACGCCCUGCGCCAGCAGCAGCAGCUCCUGUCUGCCAUUGCCGAGGCCAGGGGCGGUGCGGCGGGCACCACCCACACACCCCCGGCCUCUGACAGCCCCCUCGGGGUGCCUCUACUUGGGAGCAGGAAGAGGAGGUGACAGGAAGCGGUGCCUCUGGCAGGGCCAUGGCUGCAGAACUGGUGCAGAACAGAAAUCCACGUCAAUCUCAGAAUGGUGCUCCUGUUGCCGUGACAGUGUGGCCGCACUGAUAAACAGAUGUCUACACAGAUGAAAUUCCGUGAAAUGUCUUUGUGGCAUGAAUUCCAUCUCACAAGUGGAGACCACAGACAGGUCACCCUGCGUGUGCCGCCGAUCCUGGUCGCUGACCCAUAGCCCUCACCUGUCACCUGUUCACCCUUUCCAUUCCAUGCACACUCGUACAGGGACUUAGUCUUAAUUUCAAAUAAAUGAUACACAAGACUGCAUUGCCACCCCCCUGUGCAGACGGUCAACCUGUCAAGGUCUGUGGAUAAUGCUGUGCACCUAAGUGACCCCUGAAGAACAAGCAUAUAACCUUGGGAGGGGGCUGGAGUUACCUCCAGCAGCAGCAGCCACUGGCACCCCAGAAACACGCGGGCACUGGUGGCAUGACCCAACCUACUGGUAGUGCAAUAGCUGUGUGUGGUUUCUUUCCUUGGUGAAAGAAUACUUAAUCCUCAAAAACAGGUGAUCAAACCUGCUUACUGACUUGCAAUGGUAAAGGGGAGGCUGCUUCUCUGUACCAUGUUUCAACUUCAUGUGGGAAGUUACCCAUUCUCCUGUGAACACAUUCAACCCUGAUGAUCCCAGGAUGGAUCACCAAAGUGCAGGUCCCUCCAGGUUUCCUCUCUGCGGCCCAUCUUUUGGCUAAUUCCUCUGUGCCUCAGCAUCACAGUCAGACGGGAAAGGUGCAGGUUGACUGUCAUGCCAGGCCUUCUUCUUCCCUAUUCUCGUUUGGUGGUGGAGGAGGUUUAAUUAGCUUCUCAAGAAUUGGCUCUAUGUAAACAUGAUUCAUCACAAUAACUUAGCUCUAGUGCUGAACUCAUUGCAUUCUGCUCACUCCUGGAAGGCGGACCCAGCAUCAGAACCCUCCUGUCACUUGUCUGAUGACUUAGUGACAGGUGAAAUACCACAAUAGUCCCCCAAAAUAUCUAGACACUUGAAUCAAAACUACAGAGCCACCCCUCAUCACAUAAGCCAUAUUCUAGCCUCAUGUACUGUAAAGUCAGGGAGGUACUGUGAUACUUUAAGACCACUGGUGUCAGUGGAAUUUCAGGACAUAGCACCAGGUGGUAAAUCAUGCCAGUCUAGGGGCUCGCUCCUCCUCAGGCUGAAGUCCAAAUAUCAAUCUGUACCUUUGGAUCAAAGGACACAUGUGCCUGCCCAUCAUCAAUAAACUGCCAUAAAGUGUCUGAACUGCUCUUGCCCUGCUUGUAAUAUGCAGCUUCCUGACAUCAUAUCUCUAAAAAUGUUAAUGCAAUGCAAGAGAACAAGAGAGGUGAGGCCCUGGGGUACCUUGGGCUUCUGGCCUCGGUGAGUGCCAGUGGCACAGCGGCAAACUCUGAGAAUGAGGCGCCAGCAAAGUCCCAGUGGGCAUGCAUAGGUCUCCUUGCUUAUUAAAGGCUGAGAAGGAGCAGCAUCAAAGAAAUCAUUAUUUCAAUACAUUUGAGGACCUCCCCCUUAUAUUCCUAGUGAUUUCUGUGUGAGUAAAGGAAGGAAAAAGGAAGAAAGCUAGAGAUACAGAAUCGGAGUAAAUAAGCUCUAAUGCUGGACCCACAUCUUUGGCCAAUUAGUAUAACCACCUCACCCCUCGGUUUCCAUGUGGUGAGAAUGAAGAUGAUAGUUAACAUCCUUCAACACAAAGUACUCAGUAGGUUUUACGUGGAGUCACGAUCGUCUUCAACAGCAGCCAGACUGCGUUCCCGUCCAGCCCACACUCGGGUGUGGCAUCUGAGUGUCCUCAAGGGUUAGUGGAAGUGACUAUGACGUGUCAACUGUGUAGGGAGGAAUGUGAGACCGGCACACGGGCCCUCUCUCCUCCCUUACAGUGUCCCCUCCACCAUCCAUGCAUCUCAAAUUAGGAAUCAGCGUUUCAUCCCAGAAUGAAUGUGUGGCUCUCACAGUACCACAGCAUAUACACUAGGAAGUCAUCGCACUACCAGUAGGUUCCACGCUCUUUAAGUUACUGCUUUUAAAUCCUAAAAUGUGUCCCCAGUUCCACACAGCCAUGCUACUUCCCUGAAAGUUGCUUCAAAGCAGAGUAAGCAUCUGCUAGUCGUCGUGUUGCCUGUAUGAACUUGGCAGCACUGGGUUUCAGUACGUAGACUGCUGUCCUGGGGUCUCCUGGUUGGUGUGGGUCAGCUCCCCCCAUAGUGACCACGCCCUGGACACUGUCCCUACACUGUCCCUUCCUUCUCUGCUGCCACCAAAGUAAGCAUGGAAUGGGAAUGGGGCCGUUGAUGCCACCAAAAAGGGAUGUUCCAGGGACUGCGGCAUGAACUGCCUGCUCCUGGUAGUUGAAUAUAGAUGGGUGCCUGUCAUCCUGAAAGCUUGUGCCAGGCUGCAUAAGUAGAGGUUAACAUUAAACUCCUGUCAGAUGAGUAAUGCGUAGAUUUUGUACUGAAAUAGAUGGAAACUUUUUAAGAAGCACUCGGUGCAGUGGUGUAUGAACAGACAGAGAAAACCAGUAGCUGUGACCUGCUUUCCUUACACCAUUACUGGAAACACCCAAACAUCAACUGGAGUUCCUUCUGAACAAAACCAUUAUCAAAGCUUCAACAUGUGACCUCCAAAUCUAGGUGCCAAGUGCCGUGCGACAGUUGUUUACACGCCUGAGAAGCAGGCUCAGGAAGCUAUAUCUUGGGCCUGGACCAUGUGUUAAAACAAAAGAAAUGUGCCCAGCAAAGCUGUUGGAGGAAAAGCACAAAAUUCAACACCAACCUGUAGUUAGGAUCCCAAAGAAAUGCUGAAUUUAUAGCCAAAAACAAAAAUCAGUGACUAAUCAAACAUGAAUCUGACUGGAACAGCCAACAUCCAGGUUCCCAGAGGAAGGAGAGGGAAUAAAUGACAUUCUCUAGCUGUGUCCCAUGGUCUCAACCAGGACCAAUCCACCUUCGUCAGACAUUUUAAUGGCGCAACAACUCACUUUGGUCCCGGACUCCGUGGCCCGCGCUGAGCAGAAGAGAAGAGGAGAGAGCACAUUUUCAUUGGUGAACUCGGAAACUGAAGUGUUUGUGUUCAGAAUCAUGUGAGCUUCAAUAGGAAUUUGCAUCUUGCCUCUGUACUGCUUGCUAUUUUUUAAUGAUAGGAGAAAGCAUAACAGUUUAUUUUAAAUAUGAAAUAUAUUGCUAUAUUAUAAAAUAUAUUGUAACUUUGAACUAACAUUUUGUAUCACACUAGUGUUUGGCAGGCCCAGUGGCAGCCUGCUCUCCCAACGACUGUUUCUGAGUACACAUCACCCAGACUGAGGGGCUUAGCCUCGGGAACUGCCGUCUUGUAAUUCCCUAAGACUUGCCCAUUAGAGACAAGAAUAAUGUUCCAGGUUUAGAAGAAUAACUCUACCCAAAGCUCUAUCAAGCCAUUUCAGAUGAGAUUGUAAAAGCCAUGACUCCCUUAGUAGCUGUGCAGAGCCAGUUUCACGAUGGGCAGGUUCUCCCCAUGUAAAUGCAAAGUUUCAAUAUGAAAGUGAUAGGAGUCUCAAGCUGAGCCACUGGCUCUUCCUUUGGGAAUGUCAGAAUUGGGCGUAAGGGAGAGUUCUCCUGUGACACGAAAGACUCAAAAUUCUAGACGCUGUGAGUGUGUGUAUCUAAGCCAGAGUCAAGCCACUGGGAGCUUCACUUACACAGGCCCAGGGAGACCCCCAUACGAUGUGCAGAUGUGCGGAGGAGCUCCUCUGAGCCCUCAGGACCCUGCAUUUAUUCACAGCUCCAGGGGGAGUAAGGGAGGAAGCAGGACACGCACAGCAAUACCUGGCAAAGUGCCGGGCUUCCCUUUCUGCUCCUUUAAUUCAGCCCUUUAGUGGCAGGAAAGGAGCUUCAAAGGAGGUGUUGUCUUCAUUAGCAGAAUUGGGGAAAUUCUCUACUCGAGCAACUCCUGAACUCCAUUCCCUUCCUUGUCUGAGUCGUAAUUGAGACUCAUGUAGAAUUCUCACUUCCAUCCUCUGAGUGAUGGAGGGACUAUUUCUAGGUGAAAACAGGAUGUGUUUAGUUAUAGAACACAGGUUUUCUAGAAUCAGUGGGGCCCUCUUGUUUGUUAGCAUCACCCUGGGCUGACACUGCACCCAUGGAAACCAAGCAGCAUCAGGGCACCUGGGCUCCUGUCUUUUCCCUUCUCAACCUGAAAAUUUACACAGACAGAGUGCAAGACAACAGGUUUUUUCCUGGGGAAAAGCUGGUACUGGUAACCUGAAAGAAAAAGAUGCCAACGCUCGCUCCAAGCUGCUUGUGUGGCUGAGAGCUCACUUGCACACACAGCUUAUUUUUAUUGAACGAACUGCUCACAGUGUCUGCUACACCCCCAAUUACAUGUAAGGGUGGGUUCCACUAAGGCCAUCAGAACUCCAGGGCACCUGCUUUUAGCAGGUUACUCACUUGCUGGCUAAUGGAAAUUAGUUUAUUCUCGAUUUUAUAUAACUGAUGAAUGUACUGGUGGUAAUUGAUUUGUCUUUUAAUACUUUUCUGCUACUAAAUAGAACUGUCUCUUUUGGCUUUUUCUUCUAGCACUCCUCAGACUCAGACUUUUACAUUUAUAGAGAGCAAAUAUAUUCUGAUUUUCCCCUCAAAGUUAUUAUUCAGUCUAGACCAAGAAAAACAAUGCAAAUUCCUGAUUUGGGGAAAGCAGACCUCUUGACAUUAAUUCAGGUAUAUGGCUGUACACUAAUCCUUGCUACUCAAAGUGUGGUCCACAGACCAGCAGUGUCAGCAUCACCUAGGAACUUAGAAAUGCAGACUCUAGGACCCCAUGCCAGAUCUGCUUAAUCCAAUUUGGCAUUUUAACGAGAUCCCUAAGUGAUCUGUAUACACAUUAAAUAUUGAAAAGCUCUGGCCUCACCACACAGCAACAGUAACCAACACCAUUAAUAGCUAGAAAAUUAAACCAUUUGUUCUUUGACCCUCAUUUACAGAAUUACUUGAUGAAGUAAAGUCCUGUAUGAUCAUAAGGAUAAAAACAGAUGCAUCUCACAAUUUCAUUUGAGGUCAUGUAAUGUGGCUGGUGUACAAACAGGAGCAGCCUUUAAAAAAAAAAAAAAAAAAGCUUGCUUUGUAACCUUGAGCCCCUUCAAAGUCCCUUUUUAGGUUUCUGGUUUUAGCCUGUGCUGGCAGGGCCAUUGGAAUAUCAAGUGGCCCCCAGGGGAGGUCCCCCUGGAAGAGUACCCAGUCCCUGCUCAGCACAGUACAGAAAUAGCGGCAUCUGUGCUUCUUCCUUGAGAAAUUCAGCAACCUACCAAUGAGGACUCUCCUCCCCAGAGGAAACCUAGCAAGAGAAGUUAGUUUAAACUUCUAGAGACAUUCCUAAUCUCUUUUCAAGCCAGUUCUUUUAAUCAUUACCCCAACCAGAGACACUCUAAGAUGAUCAAGGAAAAAUGUGGAUUAUAUUGGCACCACAAAUCGAUAUGUACCCAGAAACAGUUAUGUUCUAAAUUAAUGGCUUUAACCUGUUCAUUGUAAAAAGUGCCUUGGACUUCGAUCUAAAGAGGUCAGUAUAAAUAUGUGUGUGUGUGACAUAUGUAGGCAAAUAUUUACAUAUUUAUACAUACAUAGGUGCACACACAUGUACCCGCACAUUCAUAUACAAUAUACACAUACAUAUAUAAACGCUUCAUGAUAUGUCAUAUUGCUAUUCUCAGUUCCAUUUAUUUUGUCUGGUCCUAUGUUAUUUGUUUAGUGACACCUUUACAUAGAGAGGUUCUAUUCAGGACAUUGAUGUAUUUUUUUUGUUUGUUUUUUACUUUUUAUUAAAAAGGUAAAGGAUAUUAAAAAAAAAAAAAAAAGUCAA